CCUAACCACUGUGCCACCGACGCAGGAUUUAGCAAGCACAGGUUACAAAGGUGUAGUCAUUUUCUGCCAGUCAUCUGUUCCCAACUCAGGAUAUCUGAAGCAUAUAUCUAGAGCCCUUUAAGUUAGGCGGAAUUGUAAGCGCAAAGUUUAACUGUUGGCGCACUUCGAAAUGUGGCCCAGUUGGCUGACAGUUAAUUCGAACGCCAAGCGUGUGAUAUGUUAGGCGACCAUCAUUUGGCUAUUAUUAGCCCAGCCACUAGGAAUGAGGAAAACUUCGUUGGGUUCCCUGCAAGGUACUUAGCAAUUUCUAACUAUGUUUCAAUGUCUUGUCGUCCAAUGCUAACGUUUUUGUCUUCUUUUAGUCUGGAGAAAUUAAAGAUGAGAACUCAGAGAUCGUGGAUGUCAUCAGUUGGAUUGUUUCUGACGUUGAAGAGCUGUCUGAAAACUCACUGCUUGUGGAAAUGCUCAGGCAAACUGACAGAAGUUCAUUCAAUGAUGUCUCAGAAUUGUGUGCUUCGUAUAACAAAGCUAUUAUGGAUCUCUGGCAUAUGUGGACGGAAGGGGAUGUAGUUCCUGAUUUCUACAACAGGAAGGCCUCUCGAGACCACAUACAAUUUAUACUUUUGCAAUGCUAUAAUCGGGCUGUGUCAGAUCCAGAAAAGCUAAACCAAUAUCCACCUUUCUCGCCUCAAGUUUAUGGGGAAACAUCAUUCGAACUUAUAUCCCAGAUGAUUGAUACUAUUGCAGUCGCCAGCGACGACAUAUUUAUUGAUCUUGGGAGUGGCGUAGGUCAAGUUGUCUUGCAAGUGUCUGCAUCUACUGAUGCGAAAUUUUGUUAUGGUAUUGAAAAGGCGGAGUAUCCGUCAUACUGUGCCUCAAGGUUGGAUGCAGCAUUUCGACACUGGAUGAGCUUUUACGGGAAAUCCUAUCGUCCUUACAAAUUAGAGCGUGGAGAUUUUCUAUCGUCGGAGUACCAAGAGAAGAUUAUGAGUGCUAGCGUCCUGUUUGCAAACAACUUUGCGUUUGGUCCAGAGGUUGACCACCAGUUAAAGCAGAGGUUCGCUAAUCUUAAGGAGGGAGCACGAAUCAUCUCUUCAAAAGCUUUUUGCCCAUUAAACUUCCGAAUUACCGACAGGAAUCUUGGAGAUAUUGGCUCAAUUAUGCGUGUAAGCUGCCUUAAUCCGAUCCAAGAUGCUGUUUCAUGGACUGACAAGCCAUUUAGCUAUUAUGUGCAUACGAUUGAUCGUUCUCUUUUGGAACAAUAUUUUGCUCGUUUGAAGAAUCCUAAAUCCAAAGAUGAAAAUCAAGUUCGUCGAGACCGCAAAGGUCGUAUUAUCUCUGAAGUCACUUCUAGAGAGGGUUCAUCAAACUCAUCUGCAACUAAUAAUCAGAACAAUAAUAGUAAUAGUGCUAAUCAUGUAAGAAAAAGAUCAACAAUGCUAACAAAGCAUCAUUCAACUGCUUUUCGACGUUUACCAAAACGAUCAGCAUCUCUACCUGAUGUUGCACGUAAUUCCUGUGGAAAGUCUACUACUACUGCUGUUAGCACCACCACUACUAAUAGUAGUACACCUAAUACUCUGUCUAAAAAUAAUAAUAAGUUAAGUUUAUCAAAGAAAGAAACAUCUGAUCAUCACCAUCGUCAUCAUCGACAUCGUCGUCAUCAGCAUCAUCAUCAGCAACCGCAACAACGUCUAAUGAAUGGUGGAUCAUCUAUUGUUGUACGGCGAAUGCGAUCAUGCUCUAGACAACGAUGUAAUAAUGCAAGAAAAUGGUCAUCACGGCGUAAACGAUCACAUACCCAUAGUAAUAAUAAUGGUAAUAAUGAUAAUAAUAAAGCCAAUAAAAUAUCACACAAUAGCAGUAGUAUAUCAUCGGUUGAGAAUCAUGUUGAUGGUAAUACUGAUGAUACACUUCUGCUUGAAUCUACUGUUAAUCAACAGUUAGCUUCAUUAACUGUCAAAGAAUCCGAAAUAUGCGAUCAAGAGGAUACAGGAAAACAGUUUACAUCCGAUAUUUCCACGGAUCUAUUAAAUAAUAAUAAUCCUUGUGAAAAUGAUAUAUUGUCGAAAAGCGAUGCUAUGAAACAAUCUACCCGACGGAAGAGUAAAACGCUAGCGAUUGUUACGACAACAACAACUGCUAAUAACAAUAAUAAUAAUAACAUUAGUAAUGGUAAACUUGCUUACAGUUAUUCUGUCAUCGAUGAUUGUCUCAGUGUACACUCCUUGUCGUCAUCUUCUUCUCGAGGUCAACGUGAUAGUCGAAAUUCAUCGUCAUCUCCAUAUGUCUCUUCAUUGUCAUCAGCGAAUCGAUCACCGAAUUCACAAACGGAUGAAACGCCAACUACUUUGAACAAUCCUGCAAAUAAUUAUUCACAGUCAACAUUGAGAACAAUUCAAUCGCAUAACUGUUGUAUUAUCCCACAAGAUGAUUUAGACAGAAAUAUGUCUGAUCCGUCUCCUCAUAUUCGUAUUAAAUUCAGAAUAUCAAAUUCUAGAGGGAGUCAAGAUCAUUCACGUAUUGGUCAGAUAAAGCCAGCUCCUGCUGAGGAGGACAAUAUGAAUAGUGAUGUUUUAAAUCAGGUUAAAAAUAGCAGUAGUAGUAAUAAUAAUACCACUACUACUACUACCUACAAUAGCAACGACAACAACAAGAAUAAUGGCGAUGAUGUCGAUGAAGAAGAGCUCUCGACUAGUGUUGCUAAUCGUCGUAUACUGCGUAAAUGUCGACAAGUGUCAAAUAACAAUAAUUCAUCGUAUACUACAAACAACUCUAAAAUACCAAACCAUCGAACAAUAGUUCUACGCAAACGAAUACAAAAAUCUUUGAGAAAUGCCUCAGAAAAGUCAUCAUCCUCACCAACACCAACAACAACUCAUACAAGCUAUUCUCCGAAGAAAAUAAAUACUUCCGAUACCAAUAAUAAUAAUAAUAAUAGUAAUACUAAGUUGAAAUCUACACACAAACGUUCUUCACGUGAUGACUUACAUAACAACUUGGAUAUAUUACAUAAUCAUACUGUUACACAAAUCCAGUCUAAACCAACAUUAACUCAGUAUGGAUUGAAUGAUAAACGAUUGUCAGCUUACACGUGUCAUUAUCAACCAGUGGAUGUAUAUGCAGAAAAUACUAGCAAUCCUCGUAUCACUGAUUCAACUAUAUCUGAUAUUCAUACAGGGCAUAAUAAAGCGCCUGUACCGUUAGCGCUUACCCAAUAUCUAGAAUUAACAAAACAAGUAUUUAUGGAUCAUUUUGCUAUGCUACAAUCACCUGCUUAUUCAUCAACGAUACAAUCUGAACUAGAACGUGAACGUAAUCGACAAACUGAAUUAUUAAAGCAUAUUAAAGUUUUAGAACAGUCAAUAGCAAAGUUGCAUACAGACGGUGCAGAAUUAUUGAAUCGUUUUACAAAACGCCUUGGUAUACUGAUAACUACACCGGCAGCAUUUUUCGCUCAAGCUAGAAGGCUAAUUAAACAUCAUCAUGCUUUAGAGGAGAAAAUUGCCGAAUUUCGGAAACAAAUUUCUGAGCUAACAGCAGCUAAUCAAGAAUUGGUGAAACGACAUCAAAUUGAGGCUGCGCGUUUAUUGGCAGUUGCAACAGCCAACAAAUCGGAUAAUUUUAUUCAACACAAUUCAAUGAAUAAGACGACUUGUAACAACGCCGUCAUUCCUGAUGGUAGAAUGAAUCAGUCUAGGCGAAAUAGUGGUCUGUGUUAUUAUGAUACAUCAAAUGCCUCAUACUUUAUGACUACAACUAGUAUGAGUAAUACUACUAAUAGCAUUAUCAGUAGUACCAGUAGCAGUAGUACUACUACUACUACUCGUUCUGCACUGCAUGGAUUUCCUACUCCAUUGUUGAAUAGUCAUAGUAAUGUUAGUGGUAGUGGCAGUGGUAGUUCAUCAAUAAUACCCCCGCCUCCAUCAUUGACUAAAGUAUCCUUGUGUUCUAGUGGCAGUACUAUUCAUAGUAGUGGUCAUAUCCUUCAGUCGAAUGCAUUAAUCCUUCCGCAUGAUACACUUCAAUAUUCAUCUGUUCAUAGUCGGUCUACUCCAUCAACAACUGUAUCACCUUUACUACCGUCUAAUAAAAGUAAUAUCGAUGCACCAGUUCUGUUAAAAACUCUUCAGGCAGUUAGUUCGUAUUCUCCGACAAUGCCAACAAUGACGACGAUACCACCACCACCAACAACAACGAUGUCGACUGCUGUCGGAACUGUCAGUAAUACUGCUGUUUCUGGUUGUGAUAUUAGUAAUACUGUUAUGAUGAGUAGCAAUAUGAUGAUAAAGGAUAAAAGUAAUAGUAAUCAUAGGUCUAUUCAACAAACAAAUAUACCUCCACCUCCGCCUUUACUUCCAAUGCAUAUUCCUUCUGAUAUCCGUCAAGUCAGUUGUCCCUCUUCAUCUUCUUCAACCUUUUCUAUCGAUACAUCCUCUUCGAUUACUGUUCCCUCCUCCUUGUCCUCCUCAUCUUCUUUAUCGUAUCAACCUAGACGUCGUCUUACAGAUAAGAAUGAUCCUGUCAAUCAAAGCAUUCCUUCAUUGCUUCCAGAAAUCAAUAGUAAUAGUACCUGUUAUUACACGCCAAGAACAUAUUUUGAUGUAUCGUCACACAGUAAUAAAAUCAAUCAUUUGCAUCCGAGUAAAUCAAUGCAUGCUUCUGUACAAGAUUUAAUUCUUGAUGAAUUUUCACGUCCAGCACCUGGGCUAUCAUCAUCAUCAAUGAAUAAUUAUACUACUGCUUCGAUUGAUACUAGUGGUAACGGUAACAAUGUACCUAACUCUCCUGUUUCACGUCAUCGUCGCCAUCAUCAUCGACAUAGUUCCAAUCGGCAUCAUCACCAUCACAGUCCUCAGAAAAGUGUCCAUUCUAAUCCUAUUGAUUAUAGUCAUCAGUUCAAUUUACCUCCGCGUAAACGACAUUGGGAUCCAGUUACUACCACUGACGCUUUAAUAAUUAAUCAUCAUAAUAAUACUAUUAAUGGUAUUGCCAACGGCGAUGUCCAUCAUGGUGAUGGUGCUUAUGAAGAAAAAGAAGAAGGCGGAGAAGACGGAGAUUGGUUGUCAUCGAAAUUCCCUAGAAAUAAUAAUAAUCAUUCUUGUGUAUUACCAGCACAUUGUUCAUCGCCUACUGCCUUGUCGUCAUCGUCUUCUCCAUUAAAUUCUUAUCGUGAUAUUUCCUGUUCACAAAUUAGUAAUAACAACAAUAAUAAUAAUAACAAUUUAAGUCCACCAACAUUAUCGCCAAUUUCAUUAGAUGAGUCUAGUAUUGCAACAGAUUGUUCGUUCAGUCUUGAUCGAAAUGAAGUAAAUGUCUGCUUUUCACCGUCACAUAGUACUCCUACUACUACUAAUAAUAAUAAUGAUGACAACAGAAAUAAUUCAAAUACAACUACACCGAUUAUUAAUACUACUGCUAAUUGUAUGAAUGGAUUAGGUGUCGUUCUAUCGACGCCUGUUGUUAUUACAUCAAGUGGACUGUGUAAGGACGACAACAGUGGUAUUCCUCAACUUGUAGCAGUAGAAAAUGAUGAAAUAAAAUAUUUACCACCAAUCUUAUAUUCAUCACAUGAUCAUCAGCCGACUGUACUGUCGUCUGCUGCUCAUCCUCCUCCUACCCCGACUUCUCAAACUACUACUGGUAGUAGUAGUACUCCUAGUGCUGCUCGGCCUUCUACAAGUACUACACCCUAUCCGGUUACUUCUGUUACCAUCCACUCCAACACCAAUAAUCCUUAUUAUCCUACAACAAUACCAACAACAACAAGCGCUGUGCUGAAAUAUUCAGAGAUAACAACUUCACCGGGAUUGUUUCCCUUAUCCACAUCUUCUAUUGUGAAAUAGAAACAGAGUAUCCUAUCACCGUCAACUCCUCUUUCCUCUUAGGCAUUUUUUCUUUGUUGUUGUUGUUUAUUCUCCUCCAAUUGAAAUUUGUAUUUAUUCUUUGAUUUUUUUUUCAUUUUUUCUGGCGGGUGGGGCUUUUAAACUACUUUUUAAACCAGUAAAUUGAUUUAAAAACUGUUAGGGAAAUAUCUAUUAUUAUUAUUACCUACUAUCUUUCAGAAGAAGAAUAUAUCUACCUUAUAUUAUUAUUAUAUUAUUACUGCACGCACAUCUUUCUAUCACUUAUUAUGUGUAAUAUGUAUGUAUAUAAAUGUGUACAAUUGUCUGUAUGUGUGUGUGGGAGGGGAGGGGUUACUCUCUCUCUCUCUCUUGCUGUCUCUUUCUCCCAAUGUUUACCACUCUUUGCGCACACUAUUCACUCACUCAUUCAUAUCUUAGGAAUUCAACUUUGUGCUUUUUUUCUAUUGUUGCUAGUGUUAAUAAUUCUCUUGUUGUGUCAGGUACUACUUAUUCCCUUACUAAUAACUGCAUUGUGUUUGUGUGUGUUUGUGCGGGCGUGUUUGUAUACACCCACACACACACACACCUUAUCUUUGUUAUUUCUCAAUUAAGCCAUAAACAACAAACAGUGUUUUUUUGUCAGGUGUGUUUUAUUAUUUGUUUUUCUUAGAUUUUUAUCAAAAUUUGUGUACAAGUGAGCACAACAACUCACCACCACACUCCAUAGGGCAGCUAGCUAGCUAACUAAACACAAAAUUGUGAUUUUCUGUAGGAACGCGGUGGGGGGUUCUUUAUUUCUCUGUAACUUUCAUUAUUAUUCUUAUUUCCAUCAUCAUCAUCUUUUUUUGUCAAUGGGAAAGUUUCCUUUUUUCAAUUUACUUAUUGCUUUCUUGCUUUUUUUAAUCUUUGUGUGUGUGUGUGUGUGAUUGUGGAUGUAUGACGGAGAAAAUACUUCACUAACUCUCUAUCUCUAAAUGUAUUUCUACGUAUGUAUCGAUAAAACUAGGCGAAAUUAGUAGUAUCUUACCUUUCCUUGAAAUUAUGCACGUAUUUUUUUUACUACUAUAACUAGGCUGAAUUUAUGUGAGAAAGAAAUUUUCUAAGGUUUACAUAAUAUGACUAUUUAGAAUAUCUUGUCUAUAUUUUUCUGGUUUUUCUCUCUUUUAACACCCUGUGAGUGUUGGUUGACCUUAUUCAUUUUUGAUUUCAAAAUAGGAGAGGGGCUUACUCAUUUCUAUGAUGGGUUCUUUAUUUCUUUCUGGUGUGAAAUAUGCCUGCAUGAAUAGUACUCUUACUGUUGUUAUUAUUAUGAUUAUUAUUACUAAGCGUAUCUAGGAUCAUUUCACUUUUAGCCUAUAUAUAUAACCUUCAUUUCUAGCUACCUAUGGGUAAUUAUCAGAAAGCAUUUUCUUAUAUUUAUAUGUGUUGUUCUUCUCACUAUCAUUUGUGUAUUUUAAAUCCCCCUUAUCCAUUCUUCACUCACCACACGGGAGAGAUAGACAGUAGGUCGAUGGAUUGUGUUACACAUCCACCUCAUACAAAGAUUGUCUUAGAACUCUCAUUAUUGCACAUUUCUCCUCUCUCUCUCUCUCUCUCUCCUGUUGGUGGCGGUAGUGGCACGGGGAGGUGGGGGUUAUUUUGACUACUAAAUAUUCAUUAUUAUUAGGCUUUUAUUUUACAAACAAAAAUAACCACUUUAACUCUUUAUACUACUUAUCUAAAUUUGUUAGUAAUAUAUUAUUUUAAAUAAAUAUUUUCUUUUCUUGAGAAUAGGUUUACGUCUGUGCUUAUUUGAAUAAUGAUAAUAGUUGUAUUGUUCUAGGAAGAUUUUUUACCAUUUAUAGUUAUAUCUUAGUUGUUUUGUGUGUUUUUUUUUUCAAAAUUGAAUCACCGAAUGUGUUGUUGUCAGUCAAAAGCGUGGAGGCAGUGUUUUUCUUCUCUGGAUAUGGCUGUUUGUUUGCUUGUUUUUGAAUAUUUUGUGCGUGCGGCUGUGUGUUUAUCCUCCCUCCGGUCAACCUGUCUGCCUCUUGCCUUUUCCACAUCUUACUCUUUCUCAUUUUUCCUCUGGUUUAGCAUAUACUACUAACAAUGUCGUUUUUUCUAUAAGGCUUCAUAAUACUACCAUUUGUAGUAGUAUUAAUCUAUCUAUCAGCUAGUGAAAUUCUGUGUAUAUUGAACUAUUAAUUUAUUGAGCAUUGUAAUUUCGUUUUUUUGAUGUUGCUAUUGUUGUUUUUUUUUGUACUUCACCUAUUCGUUUCUUUUAAUUUAAUUUUUUUUAAAUUCAACAGAAGUUUUUCCUAGUCAUAUUUACAAUUAUACUAUGAUUUUAACUAAUUAUUAUUAUUAUUAUUAAUCUUAUUUACAUGAUCGAUAAUGCAAAUAAAAGACUAUACGAUCACCCUGACAACAACAAACAACAACUACUACUGUUAUUUCUGCUGUUAGUGGUUCUUCUCUUUUUCAUUUCUCUCUCUUCCUAUGCGUUUAAUGAUAUUACCAAUAAAUAUAUAAAUAAAUAAAUAUUUAUUCA